GGACGCCCCCUCAGGCGUGUGAAAAAUGACUGAAUAUGGCCACUGGUGAACAAGCAAGUUUUUACCCAAUACCAAAGCGCCCACGGGGGGAGUGCAUUAUCCACUGUUCUGAUGAUACAGAUAAGCUGGUUUCACUACAAAGUGUCGACUCAUGGAGAACUCUGCUCAGGGCAGCUCAGAUACGAAAUCAUGCACCAGUUUUGAAACUGGCAAAAGACAUUCCUGAGGGACAGACUCCAGCAAUCUACUACCACAGAAAGUGUCGCUGUAUCUUCACUAUGAAGAAAAUUCUUGAUGGCCUCCUUGCAAAAGAAAAGAAAAGUUGUGUCUCUGCUGAAGAGAAAGAAUCUAAGAGAGUAGCUCGACAUGCUCCAAGUACAUCUAGGACUUAUGAUGCAGAGUGCAUAUUUUGUCAGAAAAACAGCAAAUAUUCCAAGAGACAGAAUACGAGAGAAGUACUGGUGCAGUGUCGAGAACUGCGAGCUGAUGCAAAGAUCAGGAGUGCAGCCACAAAGAAAAUGGACAGCAGAAUCCUUGCCAUUGUGAGUACAGACCUUGUAGCAGCUGAAGGGCACUACCACAGGUCAUGCUAUAGACUUUACACCAAAGAAGAGGUUUCCAAAGGAGAGGUUGCCAGCAAUGAAGAUGAUGAUGCUGCAGCCCAGUAUGAAGCUGCUGUGAAUAAGGCAUACGAUGAGCUGUUCCUCUUCAUCAGGAUGGAGCUUUUUGGCAAUCCUCAAGUGAUGACAAUGACUGAUCUCUCUUCUAGACUGGUAGCUUCAAUGAACUCCCAAGGCAUUGCCCAAGUCAAGGAAUCAACCAAGACGCACAUAAGGCGAAACCUGGAGAGUGAGUUUGCUGGAGCCUUGCAGAUAUUCCCUGAUGAGAAAGGAGAAUUCCUCCUCUAUCCCGAUAACUUGUCCAUGAGGGAACUUGCCAAAGAAAAUCAGUCUCUCAAAAGGGAGCUGCAGACCCUGAAAAGUGUCGGUGCACAAUAUCUAGAUGGCGAAGAUCAGCUGUGACGCCGCUGCUGCCCAGCCAGGUAUCCAAGAUGUGACCUGAGUGUAAAGAGAUUACCAAGGCGGGUCAAAGAUGUCAACAUAAUGAAACCUGGUGGAUUACACCGAUGCUGCGCUUUUAUGGAACGGUAAAAACCAGAUGGGAUGUGGACUAAAGAGGGUGACAAGUCCAGGAUGGAUGUUGGCUGGUGCACAAAAGACUGCUUCCUGUAGACCACCCGAGGCUGUGUCCAAAAUAUCCUGGGGGAAAGCUGCCUUCUCCAGAGGAAGUAACAUUUACAGCUGAAGUAGAAGGCUACAUGGAAGUGCUGUGAUUCCAUCUCUGGCAACUGCAGGAGGCAUGGAUGUUGUGGUGCCAGAGCAGAAACUUAAUCCAAGAAAUUUGCCUGUGGAAUUCGGCAUCGACUUGGAGCCAACUAAGAUGGAUCUCUGGAGUCUCCAACCAAUGCUGUCAAUUACUCACCGACUGUUGCAGACCAGGUGGCAAAAAGGGGUCUCUUUCAAAACUGUAUUAGCGAAACCCUCUUUCGGAAACUCUCACCCCACAUCGCUAGAUACCAACGUACCUGUUUGGGCUGGUGUCUGCAGCUUGUUGGAUGAGGAGGCCCCGAACGGAAACACCCCUCAAGUCUGAAGCCUCCGUGGCUCUUUGAUGUUUCUACCACGUUUUGCUUGAUUUUUCAACUUUGUCCACUUGAGGAAACGCUUCAUAAUUUCACUGAACAAAGAGGAUCUCUUAAUGCAGGAUGUGUAUGGGCAAAAAGGCCCUGUCUUUAUGAUGCAAUAAACUUUUUUUCUGAAUCAUU